AUGGCGGCUAAGUACGGCCUAAUGCUACAUCAGAUGGACGUCAAGACAGCGUUUCUUAACGGCUCCCUCAACGAAGACAUCUACAUGGACCAGCCGGACGGAUACCUGGAUGCAACACAGCCGGACUAUGUGUGCAAGCUAAAGAGAUCACUCUACGGCUUGAAGCAAUCGCUUCGCAUGUGGAACCAAACAAUCGAUGGGUUCAUGAUCAAGAUGGGAUUCAAGAAGUGCGAAUCGGACCACUGCAUCUACAUCAAGCGAGACGACCAAGACAUGAUUCUCGUGGUGCUCUACGUCGAUGAUCUCAUCCUGGCCAGCAGCAACAACGAACUCCUCAAGUCAACCAAGAUGGCGCUGAGCAAACGCUUCGAAAUGACGGAUCUCGGUGAGCUCGAUUACUUUCUCGGCAUGGAGAUCAAGAACGACCGUAAGACGGGAAUGGUGACUGUACAACAAACCAAGUUUCUCAAGUCCGUGUUAACCAAGUUCGGAAUGGAUAACAGCAAGCCAGUGAAGACGCCUCAAGAUCCCGGCCUGAAGCUAACCAAGAACAUGUGUGAACAAGAAUGCAAGCACGAAGACACCAUGUGCAACGUGCCAUAUCGAAGUGCUGUCGGAGGCAUCAUGUAUCUCAUGGUCGCCACACGUCCGGAUCUAGCUGCUGCAGUGGGAUCAUUAUCCCAGUUCUCGUCCGACCCAUGCCCGACUCACUGGCAAGCUUUGAAGCGUGUGCUGAGUGAUGAACUUUAG